GACCUUUCCAAAAUGGCUGCUGUUUACUGCAGAUGGUGAAGUGUAGACAUAUUAAUUCUUAUUUAGAACUAUUACUAUCUAUAAUUUCUUUUGCUACAUUAAUGGAUAAAGAUUGACUUCCUUGAUCAGCAUGCUCUGUUUAGAUAAUGUGUUGUAUUUUACAGUAUAGCUUAUUUUUGCUGUAGCCGAAAGGCCAUAGAAGGAGAAGAGCUGCUAUUGAUUGGAAAUGACUUAUAUUUACAACUGGCUGGAUGUUCCAUGGGGAGAUGGAGAUAUGGGUUCAUGGGCAGACCGCUCCCCUCUCCAUGAAGCUGCCUCUCAAGGUCGACUCCUUGCUCUGCACACUUUACUCAAUCAGGGAUAUCCAGCGAACAUUGUGACCAUAGACCAUGUGACUCCUCUACAUGAGGCCUGUUUGUCUGGACAUGUGGCCUGUGUGAGAGCUCUGAUCAACGCUGGAGCAAAUGUGAAUGCGGCGACUAUAGAUGGAGUGACACCUUUGUUUAACAGCUGUGCAGCAGGGAGCUCAGUCUGUGUCGAGCUUCUGCUGCAAAAUGGAGCCAACCCCAGAACCACUCACGCCCACCACCCCUCUGCUCUACACGAGGCCUGCAAGAGAGGUAGCCGAGAGUGUGUGGAGUCCCUUCUUUCUCGUGGGGUGGACCCUGAUUAUGAAGUGCCACAUUUAGGCUCUGCACUCUACAUCAGCUGUUUGCACAAACACUGUGGCUGCUCCCAGGUCCUGCUGCACAGAGGAGCCAAUGUAAACAGAGGCCGAGGAGAGGACACGCCCCUCCACGCAGCUGUGGCCAAUGACAGUGCAGAGCAGAUUUCUUUACUGUUGGAUUUUGGAGCUGACAUAAACCGCAGGGACAGCAACAACCUGCGACCUGUGGAGCUGGCGCCCCCUGGAGGGAAAGCACAGCAUCUGCUACGGGCUCACAAUGUUUCCCCUCGGUCGCUGUGUGAACUGUGUCGUAUCCACAUCCGGAAUCUGCUUGGUCGAUCCAGACUCAAGUUUCUCCAGCAACUUCCUCUUCCAUCUUUACUCACACAGUAUCUCGAGCACACGUAAACAUCAGGGAGGCAUCUGUGAAACCAAAUAUUUAUUUAUAACAUU